AUGCGCACUUUAAAUGUGUACGGCAUCCUGCUCACAGUCACUUGUAUUCUCCUUAUUUUAACUAUUUUACCAUCUUCAAUUGGAAGUUCGCAAGAAAAUCAUCAAAGACCGACAAGGAGUAUUGUGGAAACAAAAAAUGAUGUUAAAUACGGAGUGAUAUGUGACGCUGGGUCGAGUGGAACACGUUUGUUCGUGUACACUCUGAAACCAAUGAACGGUGGAUUAACGGACAUUGACACUUUAAUUCAUGAGAAUGAACCAGUUGUGAAAAAAGUUACUCCAGGAUUGAGUACGUUUGGAGAUAAACCAGAGCAAGUUAUAGAAUACCUAACCCCUUUGCUUCGGUUCGCCGAAGAACACAUUCCAGCUCAUCAACUCGCUGAAACUGACCUUAUGAUUUUUGCAACUGCUGGGAUGAGAUUAAUUCCAGAAGAGCAGAAAAUUGCAAUAAUUGAAAACUUACAAACUGGACUAAAAAGAGUUACUAAUUUAAAAGUUACCGAUUCGAAUAUUCGCGUCAUUGACGGUGCAUGGGAAGGAAUUUAUAGUUGGAUAGCAGUCAAUUAUAUUCUUGGACGCUUUGAUAAAGAAAAUGAGCCGAAGGUUGGUAUGAUAGAUAUGGGCGGAGCAAGUGUCCAAAUAGCAUUCGAAAUACCAAAAGAAGAAGUUUAUACUGGCGGAAAUGUCUAUGAAAUUAAUCUGGGAAGAAGUGAUCAAGUUACUGACUAUAAGUACAGUAUCUAUUCAACUACUUUCCUCGGUUACGGAGCAAAUGAAGGAUUGAAAAAGUACGAAACUUCACUAGUACAAUCCAAUCAUUUUGAAGAUUCUUGUUCUCCGAAAGGCUUGAAUAAACUUAUUGGAGAGAUAUCAGUGAAUGGAACCGGAGAAUGGGAUACAUGUCUUGCUCAAGUUUCAACUCUCAUCGGAGAUAAGACUCUUCCUUCAUGCACUAAACCUGCAUGUUUCCUUCAUAAUGUGAUAGCUCCAGCUGUAAAUCUUUCGAAUGUUGAUUUGUACGGAUUCUCUGAAUACUUUUAUACUACAAGCAACUUCGGUGCUCAAGGAGAUUAUCAUUAUGAGAAAUUUACGGAUGAAGUUCGAAAGUAUUGUAAGAAAGAUUGGAAUGAUAUUCAGGAAGGAUUCAAAAAACAUGAAUUUCCAAAUGCAGAUUUCGAACGACUUGCUACGAAUUGUUUCAAGGCCGCUUGGGUGACUACUGUAUUGCAUGAGGGAUUCAAUGUGGAUAAGACUAAUCAUUUGUUUAAAAGUGUCUUGAAAAUCGCAGGAGAGGAAAUGCAAUGGGCUCUUGGAGCUAUGCUGUAUCAUACGAGAGAUUUGGAUUUUGGAAUCGGUUUAGAACAAGAAUUGGAAAUUAUACAAUCGACCCAACAAAUAUCCAACUUCUUUUCUCUUUUGGUCAUUCUUGUCUUCGUUCUUGCUGCCGUUCUCUAUCGACAACUCCAAGCUGACUCGAUGUACAAAAAGUAUCACUACUUGCGAACAGAUUCCAAACCGGACUUCCUGAAUGUGUAG